AUUAAACAGAUCGGCUAUAGUUCGCUCUUCUCUUCUCGAAGGUUCAUGAGUAAACACCAGUCGUGGUGAGCCUGAGGCGAGUAUUUAAACUGACUGCCUGCUGCUGGAGUUCAUUAAUUUCAGCCAUGCUUCGGGUACUGACUGUGCUGCCAGCAUUUCUCCUCGCCGUCCUGGCGGAGGACGUGGUGGUGACCACUACACUGGGUCAGCUGAGAGGGUCAAGGGUCAGCACUGGACCUUCAACAUACCUGGACACGUUUUUUGGUGUCCCCUACGCCAAGCCUCCUGUUGGGGCUUUACGACUCAUGCCGACACAACCAGCGCAGCCCUGGCAAGGAGUGCUGGACGCCACCCGAUAUGGUCCUGCAUGUCCACAGUUCACACCGCCCUUUGACCCCAACCCAACCCCAACCAGCGAAGAUUGCCUUAGUCUCAACAUCUUCACCCCCGGGCUUCAGGAUUUAGUAUCAAGGACCCGGUCAGCCCACAGCCACCCGAGUGGUCCCCAGCGGCGUUUGAAGCACCAAGCUGACCCUCCAAGACUCCUCCCUGUCAUGAUGUUUGUUCAUGGAGGUGGCUUCAGGAGUGGCAGUGGCUCCGGCUUCAACGGCACGGAACUCGCUAAACGUGGAGUCGUGGUCGUCACCAUCAACUACAGACUGGACAUUCUAGGAUUCUUGUCGACUAUGGAUGAUUCCAGCCCAGGAAACUACGGUCUUCUCGACAUGAUCCAAGCUCUGAAAUGGAUCAAAGCCAACAUUGCCAGUUUCCAUGGUAACCCAAAUGAAAUCACAGUGUUCGGAGAAAGUGCUGGAAGUCUGAGCAUAUCUCACUUGAGGAUAUCACCAUUAGCCAAGGGGCUCUUCAAUAAGGUGAUCAUGGAGAGUGGCUUCGCUACCUGUCAGUGGGCCAUCAAGCCACCCUCAUACACCCCGAGUCCUCUCACGUCUGCCAAGCUGGUUGCCGCCAAAGCGGGUUGUCCUGUGGACAGUGGCACGGCUGCCCUGGUGGCAUGCAUCAAGAGUAAGCCUGUGGACGUCCUGCUCACCGCCAGCGCCGCCUACCUAGACGGGCCCGCCAGCUCCUUCAUACCGACUGUAGAGACAGGAUUCGGUGUCAUCCCGAAAAAUCCAGCGGAACUGAUACUGGAGGGAGCAGGCAGUGACAUUCUCUCCAUUCGCGGCAGCAACAAGGACGAGGAUACGAUCGAAGCUUCAUUUCUACCGUUCAGCGGUUACACCUUGUCUGAUGCCCAGGCUGAUGUCAGGACAUACGCCACAACCUACUUCAGACAGGGCUUGGACAAUGUCACCGCCAUCCUUCUCAACGAGUAUGUGACCCAGGUGAACCCCACCACCCCACAACAGCUUUACGUGGCUGUCUCCCAGAUGAAGACAGACCUUCGCUUCAAUUAUCCGAAGCUGAACGAGUCUCAGGUGACCGCCAACAGACGGGGUUCCGCACCUCAGUUCGUCUACCAGUUCACCUACCAGUCACCCAGCUUAGGUUUCCCUUCUUGGAUAGGUGUGCCACACACUGCCGAGUUACCUUUCGUGUUUGGAGAACCUUUCAACGGCCGUAAAAACUGGACAGACGCUGAUAAGCGGGUAUCCGCCAAUGUGAUGGACUUGUGGACCAACUUCGCCAAGUUUGGGGAUCCGACACCUCCGGGGUACAGCGGGGUGAGAUGGUCGCCGUACAACUCUCAGACUCAGUUGUACCUGACUAUUGACGACCGGCCGUCGCUGAACUCUCACUUGUUUCAAAAGCGGAUGGACCUCAUUAAAUCCCUUUACGAUCAAUUCGGACAUUACUGAAAACUUUUUCAUAAAAAAACUGGUCAGUAGUGUGGUGACCAAAAACAAUGAUGAUGGUGAUGCUGCUGCUGAUUAUUAUUAUUAAUAAAUUAAAUUUUCAA